AUGAUAGGGAUUUGGUUAGAAAAACAUACAUUCAACAAAAACCUUGUCAACCCGAAGAUUUUGUAUUUCCUCAAACACCUUUUGGGCCAAAAUUGCGUCGCUUCAACAAAAAAUGGUUUGAUACUUGGCGGACAUGCAUGGCUUGAGUAUAGUGCUGAGAAGGAUGCAGCUUUUUGUUUUAUUUGUUACUUAUUCAAGAAAGACAAUGCAUCUGGAGGCGAUACUUUUGUUAAUGAGGGAUUUAAGGCUUGGAAUAGAACGGAAGCAUUUGCAAAACAUGUUGGUGGACACAUGAGUGCGCACAACAUUGCGGUUGUUGAUAUGGAUUCAUUUGUCAAUCAAAAGGCUUCUAUUACAACCGCAUUGUCCAAACAAUCACAAGAAGCAAUGAAUGCAUAUCGAAAGCGGUUAGAAGCUUCAGUUGAAACUACUCUCCUACUUCAAGGGUUGCCUUUUCAUGGCCAUGAUGAAAAAGAAACUUCAUUGAAUAGAGGUAACUUCAUUUCUCUAUUGUCACUUCUUUCAAAGCAUGAUCUUGACUACUCGAAAGUUGUUUUAAAAAAUGCUCCGGGUAAUUGUCAACUGACUUCUCCUCCAAUCCAGAAAGAUAUCAUCAAUGCUUGUGCAAAAGAAAUAACUAAGGUAAUUCUUGAAGAGCUUGGUGAUGGAUUUUUUGCCAUCCUUGCCGAUGAUUCAACAGAAGUUACCGAUAAAGAACAAAUGGCUUUUUGCUUGAGAUAUGUUAACAAAAUGGGAGAGGUAUGUAAACAAUUUCUUUGUGUUGUGCAUGUUCCUAACACCACUUCUUUGACCUUGAAAAAUGCUAUUGAGUCUAUACUUAUGGAGCACUCUUUAACUUUCUCUCGAGUACAAGGUCAAGGUUAUGAUGGUGCUAGUAAUAUGCAAGGAACAGGAUUAAAUCAAGAACAAGAUUUGGGUAGACCUUGUGACACUCGUUGGGGAUCUCACUUCAAGUUGAUCUUAGAUGUGCUUGACUUAUAUUCUUCCAUCCUUCUUUCCCUUGAUUCCAUUGCAGAAGUGUCUGAUACACUUGAUUCAAAUAAAGCACAAGCUAUUACACAUUUGUUGAUGUCAUUUGAUUUUGUGUUUGUGGCACACUUGAUGGUUGAUAUAUUUGCGAUUGCAAAGGAGUUGAAUGAGGCCUUGCAAAAACAUGAUCAAGACAUUGUGAAUGCAAUGGCCAUGGUUGAUGUAACCAAGGCUAAUUUGCAACAGUUGAGAGAUGAAGGAUUUGAUUUGAUUAUGGAAAAAGUCACUUCUUUUAUGGCUAAAUAUGAACUUGAGAUUCCAAACAUGGAGGCUAAAUAUGUUGUUCCGGGGAGAAGGAUGUUUAGAGUUUUUAUAAGUGUCAUUGAUAUUCAAUUGAAAGAAAUUGAAAAUCAAUUUCCUGAGUCAGUGCCUUUAUACAAAAGGACAACUGAAAGGAGUUAUGCAGCUACAUUAAAGGUGUCUCAUGGGUUUGUCCAUAAUUUGAAGAAAAAAUGCAGACUAAGAACACAUAGAGCAGCCAACCAUCCAACAUUAACAUCAAAUUAUAAAGUGGUUAGGAUGAAGUGGGCACUAGAGCAUAUUCACCCUAUUCCAGCAGUUGGUGAUCCAACUUUCAUGGAUACGCAAUAG